AUGGCGGCCUUCCGAACGGCUGUGGCAGCCGCAUCAAAGCUGUUUGAUGGUCAUGCAGUGGAUUUCAUAUUAUAUGUUUCUUUUUCUGCUUUUGAAUACUAUGUGGUACGGACUGAUGUUGCUUCUGAGUUACACCCACUCUCAGUCUCUCCUACACUAUAUAAAAUGCUCCCUCCUCGCGUCUACCUUCAUUCCCUCUCUAUCUCCUUCGUGUGCACUAUUCCAAUGGAGAUCUUCACAGCCCACAACGCUAGCAUUCCCCUUCUCCUCUCUCUUCUCAUCUUCAUCUCAUCCUUUGUCCUUCCAGGACACGCUCUUUCCCCAGCUGGAACAAUCGAAAGAAGCACAAAACAGCAAGUGCUAGCUAGCCUCCCUCCAAGCCAUGAAACCACUCAACUGUCUGGUUCCUCGCAGUUGUUCCUCACUUCUCCAUCGGGAAGGUAUGAGGCCUUCCUCCUCCGCCGCGAAACCUCCUUCGGUGCUGGAGGGUUUGGAAAUGACUUCUGCUACAUCCAAGUUCAAGAGGGCGGUCGCAGUGUGUGGGAAUCUGAAUGUGCUUCGGUGAGCAAUAUCAACACUUGUACCCUAUUGUUUUCUGAUGCAGGUCUCGAGAUAUUCGAUGGCAGCCGAUCUUCAUGGGACAGCGAUGCUGACGGGGACCGUCUGCAGAGGUUGGAUUUGCUUGAUGCUGGGGACAUGCAGAUAAGAGACGAAGAAGGUGAGCUUGCAUGGAAGGCGAGCGAUAAUCCUGUUGUUAAUCAGAAUUGUGGUUCAAUUGGAGCUCCUGGACUCGCUCCUGAAACUCCACCAUUUGCUACGCCUAUUGAAGAGAAGACUCCUUUUGGACAAGACCAACAGCAACAACCUCAACAGGGCCUGACCCAACCUCUCUCGGCCGUUAAUCAGCCUUUUUCGACAUUGAACCAGCCUCUUGGGGUUAAUAUUAACCAGCAAGGCUUAGUGGACAACACUCCUUACGACAGUGGGGCUCAGGAAGAGAAGAAAUUGACCACUACAAUAGUAAUUGCUUUGGUUUCUCUCAUUUCUUUGAUGGCUGCCCUUGGGCUUCUAAUCUAG